AUGUCACUGAACACUUCGAAACUUGCAGCCUAUCCUUCCCUGGCUGAGGUUGAGAAUCUCAUCGUUAAUGAAAAACGAGGAAACUGUAUUCCAGUCUAUGUCGAGCUCCCUGCAGACCUCAUAACACCAGUCAUGGCUUACAUGCGGAUAUCCAAGGACUCCAAGUAUAGCUUCCUUUUGGAAUCUGUAGUCGGUGGUGAAAGUGUGGCGCGAUACAGCUUCAUCGGAGCAGAUCCUAACAGGAUCAUUAAGACCGGUCCCAGUGAAGAGAUUACCGGAGAUCCCAUGGUUGCUCUCCAGAAGGAACUUAGUCUCUACCAAUUUAUCAAGAUCCCUGAAGUACCGACAUUUACGGGAGGUGCCAUUGGUUACGUUGCCUAUGAUUGCAUCCAACACUUUGAGCCAAAGACCGCCUGCGAACUCAAGGACCCUUUGAAUAUUCCUGAAGCCGUGUUCAUGCUAGCCGACACGCUCGUCAUCUAUGAUCACAUCUUCCAGACCAUCAAGGUCGUUUCGCAUGUCUUUAUGCCCAGCGAUGCCGGGAAGAAUAACUUAUCUUUUGUCUACCAAACUGCUGUCGAUAAGGCGCGUAGACUAGCAAAGGUCUUGAUCACAUCAUCCACGCCUGAGCCCGUUCAGCCUCCAAUAGUCUCAGGAAAUGAAGCCGUAUCCAAUGUCGGAAAGCAAGGCUAUGAAGGUUUCGUCACUACAUUGAAAAAGCAUAUUGUAGCUGGGGACAUCAUUCAGGCGGUUCCAUCUCAGCGGUUAGCGCGUCCAACGUCACUGCAUCCAUUCAAUGCAUACCGGCAUCUACGCCAGGUUAAUCCAAGUCCCUACAUGUUCUACUUAGACUGUGGAGAUCUGCAAAUCGUGGGUGCUAGUCCAGAAACCCUUUGCAAGGUAGAAAAGAACAUAGUGUACAAUCAUGCCAUCGCAGGAACGACGAAACGAGGAAAGACACCCGAAGAGGAUGAACAACUUGGUGCCACCCUACUCAAUUCCGAAAAAGAUCGUGCUGAGCAUAUCAUGUUGGUCGAUUUGGCUCGUAACGACGUUAAUCGAGUGUGCGACCCAAAGACGGUAAAGGUCGAUCAUCUCAUGAGGCUAGAAAAGUUUAGCCAUGUCAUUCAUCUUACAUCUCAAAUUUCCGGAAAGCUUAGAGAGGGAUUAACAAGGUUUGAUGCUUUUCGCUCUAUCUUUCCCGCUGGCACAGUGUCCGGCGCACCGAAAAUCAAGGCUAUUGAGAUUAUUUCAUCUCUUGAAAAGGAACGGCGGGGUGUCUAUGCUGGAGCCGUAGGCCGAUUUGACUUUGCAGACGACGAGAUGGAUACAUGCAUCGCAAUACGGACGAUGACCUUCAAAGAUGGCGUAGCGUAUUUACAAGCAGGUGGUGGGAUCGUAUUUGAUAGUGUGGAAGAAGACGAGUACGUUGAGACGAUCAAUAAAUUAAAGGGAAACGUCAAAGCCUUACAGGAAGCUGAAGAAUAUUGGUCAAACCUGCAAAAUAACUCGAGCGGAGAGACUUAA